CCCUUUAUCCGCUCCCAGCUCCUCGUCUCCUCCGAGUCCGCCAGUUGGUUUGCAGUGGCCAGAAUCAUAGAGCUGUAAACUCGACAUUGAUUUCCAUCAUCCAUGUCUCUAUCAAUUCCGAUGCAGCUCUCCUUCUCUAAAACCUUAUCUUCCCAUCACCCACUCUUCUGCUCUCGGUUUUCCCACCUCUCCCUCCAUACCUCACCCGUUCCCCGCAAAACCACUAUAAUUCGCAUGGGCGGCGGGCCCAGAACCUACCCAGGCGGAGUAUCCAAGUGGCAAUGGAAGCGGAUGCAGGCGAAGAAAGCUAAACAGCUUCUAAAAGCUCGGCUCUGUCGCGAGAGACAAAUUUACGAAAUGCGAAAGAGAUCUGAGCUGAAAGCGGCGGUUUCGGAGCUCGAGCGCCCCUGGGAGGUGGUUGAGAGAGCACCGACGUUGUUCUCUGUUAGUGCGGAUGAGCAAGUGAAGGUAUUGGCUGAUCGGUUUCAGAAACCUGGUGGGUUCGAUUUGUGGUCGGAGAGGGAUGGGCCUCAGUUGUUUGAGACCCCCGAUGGGAUCCCCUCCGCAAGAUUUUUCCCGAAAGGUGUUGUUCAUAGUGUCAGACCUUACGGUAAGAUUGCUGGGAAUGGUGAUGGUGAUCGUGAAGAAGAGGAUUCUGCAUUGGAAAGUGAAGGUGAAAAUGAGAAUGGAAAUAAAGAUAGAUAUGGUAUGACAAUGGCAAAAAAUGGGUACAAGAGUAAUGCUGUAUCAGUUAAUGGGAAAUUUAGGAGGGGUGGUCUGAACAAUGGAAGGAAGAAGGACUAUAUGGAUUCUUUGGCAAGGGAAGAUAAAUCAGAUUCAGAGAGUGGAUAUAACAAGAAUUCUGCUGGAAAAUGGGGCAUGGAUAAGAAUUCUAGAAGUAGAAAUGGUGGUGAAAUUAGGAAGCAGGGCAACAGAAGUAGAUUCAGGAGUGGUUUAGGCUCAUUAGAUUCAGGGCAAGUUGGUUUAGGUAGAAAGCAAAGAGGAGGUGGUGAUUUCAAGAAUAGUAGGAGUAAGAUUGAUGGUAGGAUUAAUGGGAGUAAUGAUUUUGGAAAUCGUAGAUAUUCCAAGUCUGAAGUUCUGGAUAUGAAUUUACAACAGGAUGGGAGUUAUGGGUUCCAAUCCAAAAACAGGCAGAUUGAGUCUUAAUUUUCUAGCUUUUAAGUGCUGUCAGCGAAAUGGGACUAAUGGAUUGAAUAGCAUUUGAGGCUAGCAAUUGAUGCUAUCAAAUUGUGAAGACUGGUGAGGAUAUCAUAUUUGGCACUUGAUGUAAAAGAGAUGUCAACAAAUACAAGAUGAUCAGCUAGGUGCAUGGAUCUGCUCAUAGUUGUCAAAGGCUUGCCUCAUGCUCAAGGCUCGUCAGACUUCAACCCUAACGCCUUAAGUGCCUAAGCGUGCACCUUGUUCCAGGCUCAUGGCUGUAGGAAAGCAAACCAUUAUUGCCACCAUUGGCAAGUACUUCCAUCGACAAAAAACCACUUUGGCUUGAAAUUUUGCCAAUCUAUCACCAUCCAAUGUUGAUGACUAAGAUGUUCUGGGACUUAAUAUCACUAGUGAAUAGCGAUAAUCAGUUGCCUUAAUCUCUCUUCUCAUAUGUUGGUGUAAUCUGCUCUUAUUGUCUUUCUCAUUUUAACUGUUUUUUAUAAUCUGUUUUCUUUUCUAGUUUAUUUGACAUUAUCCCUUUUAAUUAUCAUUGACAAUUCUAUAUGAGUAAUUUAUUAUAGCAUUGUGAUAUUGCUUCUUUAUUUUUUUUUUUUCAAACUUUUAACAACUGUGUUCUAAAUUAUUUUUUAACAAGUUUUCCCUAAACUAUGACACUUAAUUUAAUUGUACCCUACGAUGAAUUUUCUUCUGUUAAAUUUAGUUCUUUUGCUACAUAAGCAUCCUAAAUGACUAACAUUAAUUUAUCUUAACUUCGAAUUAAAAACUCUAAACACUCUAACCCUAUAUUGGCAUGAAUUUUUUUUUUUU